AGACACAAAACCACUGAAGAAAAUGCUCCACAUGAUCUUUUUGAGCUGGUGGAUGACUGGUGUGUUUAGUGAGACAGUGUCAGUGAUGGAGGGAGAUUCUGUCGUUCUGAACAUAGAAGUUACACAAAUACAAGAAGAAGAUGACAUACUGUGGAAAUUUGGAGCUGAACACAUUCUGAUCGCUGAAAUCAGGAGAUAUCCUGGAAUAGUCAACACAUCUGAUGUUCCUGAUGAGAGAUUCAGAGACAGACUGAAGCUGGACAGACAAACUGGAUCUCUGAUCAUCACAAACAUCACAUCUCAACACACUGGAGUCUAUAAAGUAGAGAUAAGCGGAGCAAAACGGUCAUCAAAAACAUUCAAUGUUUAUGUCUAUGCUAAUCUGCCGGUUCCUGUCAUCAGCAGUAACUCUGUAACAAACUGUUCAUCAUCAUCAUCAUCAUCAUCAUCAUCAUCUUCAUCAUCAUCAUCACAGCAGAAUUGUUCAUUGUUGUGUUCAGUGGUGAAUGUGGGUCAUGUGACUCUCUCCUGGUACAAAGGAAACAGUUUAUUGUCCAGCAUCAGUGUGUCUGAUCUCAGCAUCAGUCUCUCUCUACCUCUGGAGGUGGAAUAUCAGGAGAAAAACAGCUACAGCUGUGUGAUCAACAAUCCCAUCAGAAACCAGACCACACAUCUGGACAUCACUCAACUCUGUCACACAUGUUCAGAUCAGGGUCGACAUAUAUUCUACAUAGUGUUGAUUUCUGCUGCUGCUGGAUCUCUGUUGAUUGUAACUGUAGUCAUGAUCUUUUGGAUCUGCAGGAAAUGCACAAAAACUGACCAAGAAGUUGAGACUCGUGAAGAGGAGAUCACUUACGCUGAGCCAAAGUUCUACAAAAAAAAAGCACAGAAAGCAAAAGUUAAAGAGGAAGAUAAUCAAGUGUAUUCGCUAGUCGUCAUUUGAAGAUGAUCUUCAAUCUAUAUACAAGAUCCAGCUGUGGAUCUUUGGUCCAUUGAACUUUGACUCAUUGAAAUGUAUUUAUUCUUAUGAGUUCCAAGAGCGUUGACAACAAGUAAAAAUGUGUCUAAUGUCAUGAGAUGAUGAAGAUGGAUACUCGGUCAAAUGGACAGAGGGGAACAUCCCAACUCUAUCCCCACCCACCCCGCAUGUGAACGCGAACAGACAAAGUGAGACCACAACCCCAAACUUAGUGACAUAGAACUCUUGUAUUUAAAAUACUAAAUAUGAGUAGGCUAACUAUAUUUUGUUAUAAUUACAUUUUAAACAAGGGGUAAUCAGAUUAAUCAGUAUUUUAGAUUACCAAAGUAAUUACCUUUAAUUUUAAUGUAAUUUCUUAAUUUAAUAUUUAAGUAAACAGUUUGGGGAUUUUAACCAAUAAGGCAACUUCUCCAUUGAAAAAUAAAAAAAUAAAAAAAUAUAAAACUAUAGCUUCAUGUGCUUUACAGAUGAACUUGAAGUCUUAAUUCAUUCGAAAUGUUCAAGAAAAUUAAAUUCAAUUCAGUAACGGUAACGCGAGUUCAUGAUCCGAUUCGUGAACCGAUGAUUCUUUUGAGUCAGUCUUCUAGAAUUACAUUUAAAUUAAUGCAUUUAGCAGACACUUUUAUCCAAAGCGACUUACAUUGCAUUCAGGCCAACAAUUCUUCCUAAUAUGUGUUCCCUGGGAUUUAAACCCCCAACCUUGCGCUUACUAAUGUAAUGCUCUACCAUUUGAGCUACAGGUACACUAAUAAUAUGAAUAUACUUUUAAAAUAAUAAUUUAUUUUGUUUAUCGUCACCAGUGUGGAAACCAUUGGUCCACAAACUGGAUAGAUCUGAGGUGUGUUUCCCAAAGGCACUGUUAGCGAAGGUUUUUAAAUAGGCUAUACUAUAACUACACUGCCACCGUGGGAAACAAGCCUUGUCAAUUUUGACAAUUUUUACUUAGCGAUUCUUUUGUUCCGAUUGCAUCUCCAUAGAGAGGAUUUUCAUCACUUAAAGUUUGGUCCAUUCACUGUGCAUGAAACAGCACAGAAUCAAAAAAUUUUGUUGUUGUUGUUCAUAGAAUUUCUGUGGAAAACUGAUGUUGUUAAAAGUAAAAUGCAAAGCAAACACAAAUCUAAUGACUGGUAGAUGUCACUUCUAUUU